ACCGCUCGGAUCGCUCCGCCCUCUCUGCGCUACUCAGGAGGCACUUGUCAUCCUCCAUAAGGGGAGAUUGCAAAACAAAUACAAAAAGAGGCCGGACACCGAGACACUCCGGGGGUAUAAAGCGAGCCGAGACGGGACAGGAGCACAAGUGCCCCCCAGGAGCUGGAUGUCUGUCAUACGUCAACCGCCUGUCCCAGUAAAUUGCUACUUGUAUGCGCUAAUUCCCAGCCUGGUCCCCGGUUACCUCCUGCCCCCCCACAAGGCUUUGGAGCAAGCAGCGUCCCCACCAUUUCUUUGAAGCAGAGACCCGAGUUUAAUCAGCCACUCGAUGGGGAUUAACAGUGGAUCACCUGUUUGUGUCGCCUUUCCAGCCUGCAGUAGCAAGACAAAGAAUUUUACCACUUCUUCUAUAGAGAUAAUGAAACUGGUAUUAACUGAAUGGCAAUUAUGGAUUUUUAGUUCUAGUUCACAGUAAACCAUUAAGCCAUAUGAUUGAAUUAGUACCAAAUAUCUUUCACUUCUACAGCACGGAUUUCCUUUACGUGCACCGUUUAGUAAACACCUACUUGAAUGAAGAGGGAUUAAGUAUUAAUUGUAUGAGGAACGCAACAACGAAAGCUGGACAAAAGGAAAUCUUUAUUUAUCUUUCAAGAUACAUAGUAUUAAUAUUUAUAUAGAAUCUAAGAAUAUAUAUAUAUAUUUGUGGUGAUGAAGAUGGCCCCUCAGAAUGCUGACGCUGAAUCUAUGCAAGUUCAGGAGAUGUCGUUGACACAGCUGAGUAAAGAUCAGACUAAGGAAAAUGAAAGUAAAGAUGAGACUUUAAGUGAGAGCUCUAUUGACCGGAUCCCUGUCCGUCUCUGGGUGAUGCAUGGUGCGGUUAUGUUUGGCCGAGAGUUUUGCUAUGCCAUGGAAACUGCUUUGGUUACACCGGUUCUGUUACAAAUUGGGGUGUGGGAGGAGUAUUUAAGCCUUGGCUGGGGUUUAGCGCCAAUUCUGGGUUUGCUAUUCCAGCCCAUUUUAGGUACUUCAACAGACCGAUGCUAUUUGAAAAGUGGGAGAAGCCAGGUGUACCUUUUAGGAAUCUGCAUUGAGGUAUUGAAAGAGGUGGCUUUAUUUGUUAAUGCCAGCCUUCUAGGUCUCGCCAUUGGGGAUAUUCCAGAAAAACAACCAAUUGGUAUUGUGCUGACAGUGCUUGGUGUUGUGGUAUUGGACUUCAGCGCUGAUGCGACCGAAGGGCCAAUCCGUGCAUACUUAUUGGAUGUGGCAGACAAUGAAGAGCAAGACAUGGCACUUAACAUCCACGCCUUUUCAGCUGGUUUUGGAGGGGCAAUUGGAUAUAUGCUUGGCGGACUUGAUUGGACUCAAACUUUUCUAGGAAAUAUUUUCAAAUCUCAACAGCAAGUCCUGUUCUUUUUUGCAGCCAUUAUUUUUACUGUGUCUGUUGGCCUUCACCUCUUCAGCAUUGAAGAAGAACAGUACAGCCCUCAAAAUGAUCGUGUUGACGAUGAAGCAGAUACCCUUUCCAGUGUCAAGUUGAAUAGUACUCUUGCACCUAUAUCUCGACUAAAUGUCAUUGAUGAAGAUGACCCUUAUUCAAAUUUUCCAGAUGAUGUUCAGUCAGAGAACGACCUCAAGCUAGACUUUCUUGAAGUAGAAAUUGUAAGAAGCAAAAGUGAUUCUGUAUUACACAUGCCUGAUGCUACUUUAGAUUAUGAAACAGAGCUGCUAUUUCUGAAUGAGAUCGAGCCUUCUAUUUUCCAGGACUGCUCAUAUCCGAACACUCCUCGCACUAACAGCCAUGAACAUCUAAAGUCUCAAUUUACCCGUCUAUCUGUGUUCCUCAGGGAGAAUGAACGAGAAGAAGAAAUGUUGCUGGAUAAUCACAUUAAUGAAGCCAAAGUCCCAAAUGGCAAUGAUAUGUUACCAAAAGAGAACCUGAACGGACACACUAGAAUUGGCAUGAAACAAUCUAGUACUGCAAAUUCAAUGCGCCGUAGAAGACACAUGUUCUAUCGCCAGCCAUCUUAUACAUUUUCAUACUAUGGAAAAGUAGGUUCCCAUCGUUACCGUUACAGAAGAGCAAAUGCAAUUCUGCUGAUCAAGUCCUCACGCAGCAUGAAUGAUAUUUAUGAUAUCCAGAAAAGACAGCGACAAAAGCAGAGACAAAGAAAUCAGAGCGGUGCAACAAACUCCAGUGGAGAUACAGAAAGUGAGGAAGGGGAGACUGAAACCACUGUCCAGCUCUUAUGGCUCUCCAUGUUAAAGAUGCCUAAAGAGCUCAUGAGGUUGUGUGUCUCUCACUUGUUGACUUGGUUUUCAAUAAUUGCUGAAGCCGUGUUUUAUACAGAUUUCAUGGGACAGGUCAUAUUUGAAGGUGACCCCAAGGCUCCUUUUAAUUCUACAGAAUUACAUAACUACAAUGCUGGGGUACAAAUGGGAUGUUGGGGAUUAGUGAUUUAUGCUGCUACUGCUGCUGUUUGCUCGGCCCUUUUACAAAAAUAUUUGGAUAACUACGACCUUAGCAUCAAAGUGAUCUACAUUUUGGGAACGCUUGGUUUCUCUAUUGGUACUGCAGUGAUGUCCAUCUUUCCAAACGUCUAUGUAUCCAUGAUAAUGAUCAGCACUAUGGGCAUUGUUUCUAUGAGUAUAUCGUACUGUCCUUAUGCGCUUCUGGGACAAUAUCAUGAGAUGAAAGAGUAUAUUCAUCACAGCCCUGGAAAUUCAAAGCGAGGUUUUGGUAUAGACUGUGCUAUCCUGUCCUGUCAGGUCUACAUCUCCCAGAUCUUGGUAGCCUCUGCCCUUGGCAGUGUGGUUGAUGCAGUGGGUACAGUAAGAGUAAUACCGUUAGUGGCCUCAGUCGGGUCCUUCUUGGGAUUUCUAACAGCAGCGUUUUUGGUUAUUUAUCCUGAAUCAGCAGAAGAGGCAAAGGAAGAGCAAAAAAUUCCAUGCCCUCCAGAUGAUACAAUCGGCAAUGGGUUGGAACAAGAGAAGCCAAUGGUAUUGCAGUUGUCACCUAAAGGGGUAGCGGAGCCUGCUGAUGCAGAAAGCGAAUCUGCAGUUUGAAUAGGUGAUGCCCUGAAAACAUUCCGGACAGUAUAGGUGGCCCCUGAUAUCAGGGCACCUUAAGGAAGAAAAAAAAAACAUACAAGUUAUGUUAUAUUUCUGGUGGUAUUUAGCAAUAUUUUUGCUAUCAGUUUUAAAUGAAUAUUGGCUAUCUGCAGAACAAAAGUUAUAGCUAAAUCAUAUUCUAUUACUGAAAACAAAAAUUUAAAAUUUCCACAUAUAUAUCUAGUAUUCAAACGGAUGCUUUCUGCACGUUAUUUUCUUUAGGUAUAAAAAAAAUACACAAUUAUGGUGGGGAAAAGUUUGCAGUUUUUUUUAUAUAACUUUAUGGGAUUUAUAUCCUAUUUCCAACCAUUUUGCUGUGGGAUUUAUGCUAAACAGAAUUCAGAUGUAUGCUAGUAUAUUGGUAGAAACCUCUUAAAAAAAGAAAAAAAGUAAUAAAAAAAUGCAUCAACUUAAGAUAUUAUUUGCAAAGUUGCAAAAUAUAAUUGAAUCUAUUGAUUUGGAUUACUUAUUAUUACAAAGGAAAUGAUCAAAAUGCAAUUCAGUUUUAAGUAUAUAUAUAGAUAAUUUUUUUUAUUUUUUUUUAUUUUUAAGAAUUCUACCUUUUUUUUUUUAUUAAAUGUACAAUCAAUUUGCAGUGGUUGAGAAACCCAUCCUGGUUCAGGAUGAUGAUACAGUGCAUCUAUAAUGUUACUGUACCUCUCAUUUAAACGUCUUUAUUAAGAGCAAUAAGUUUGUUUCCAUUUUCAUGUAGACUUGUCCUAUUAGACCCAGACGUCGUCAUUCUUCUCCUUCAUAUUCUGCAUCUGUUGAUUUGUUCUGUGGCACACAAAAGCGGAGAGCAUUAUAUAAGCUUUAUAUUAAUUAGCGGAUGGUUUAAAAAAAGGUUGCCUAGAUCCUGCAAUCAAGCUUUAUUUUAUCUUGGAUUUGAGUUAUCAUUUAAUACCAGUUUACAAAAAAAGUAAGCUUUUAUUUUGCUUUUACAACGUCCAAGAUUUUAACAGAUGUUAUCAGCAAGCUCCACGCAAAGUAAACUAGUUGUAGAUUCUUUCUUGAGAAAUGUUUAAAUGUAACAGAAUAGGUUUUAUAGGCUCUGCAAUCUCUUAUCAUAUAAAACUUAGUAAUGCUGUAAAACUACUGCACCAUUGUAUAACCGUGCAGGGGCAUUCAUAGUUGAGGUACAAGCUUGUUUGUGUCUGGAAACUGACCCUGGAGGGCCAUAUUUAAAAAGGGCAAUGAGGCAUCUUAUAAAAUCAGCUUUCCUGUUUAAGUGAGCGGUCAGAUGACCAUUUAGGUCUACCACUGUGGUCACAUGAUUCCCAAACCUGUGGCUUGGAGCAGUGCCUCAUAAUGUUCCCCUUUUGCCAACAUCCUAUUUACCCGUAUUACCCAUAUUAGAAAAAUCUCAUGUUUAUGCCCCAUAUUUUUAACCCCAACAAAAUGUGCACUCAUUCCAAGUCCUUCUUGCCCCACCUCAUUCUAAAAUAUAACUCUCUUGCUGUUGGCACAGGUUGGGUUAAAGUAAAACAAGUGUCACGUUACCUUUUUUCGAUGUCACAUGGAUGAUGUAGAAACUGGUGGUUCUAAACGGAUUCUGAUCCUCUCCUCCUUUUUGGAUGACCAUUAACCAAUGAAUCCACAAACAUGAGUUGCUAAGGAAUGUUUGGAAGUAAUCUUGGAAAGAAUAUAACAUAGUUGUCAUGCUUUUAAGUUUACAGUACAAACAACCUACUCCAGCUCAUGAACUCUUGUUCCUUUAUAAGAAUUGAUUUGCCUUGGACGUCACAUUUUAUUUUUGAUCCCAAUAUAAUCCUAGACAGGCGUUGUGUACUGAAUGCAGUUUUACCUCAAGGGUAAGAUUAGUCAUUCGCAACCUGAAGCUCAGGCAAAAAUUACCACAUACUAGGCUGUAGCAUAGGGCAGUUUUAAAAAGAAUAAAAUAUUUGAUUACUAUGUCCUAUUGGAAAGAAGAACAUAGGGUUAGUUCUAAAUUUUAACAUCCAAUAAAGUGAUAUGCUAGUCUAUGUGAUUAUUCAUACAGACUGCUACGUAAAAAGCCAAGCAUGAUGAUGGUUGCCAUUAAACAGACAGUGUACACCAAUUUUCAUAUAACUACGUGUAAUAGAUACUACUGUAAAGAAUAUGCACAGAUACUGAUCUAAAAAGCCAGUAUAAAACCUUUUAAAAAAUGUACUUAGUCUCCCAGUUUAGCACUGUUGAUGAGUUUAGGCUGAGACACCCAGUGAAAGCGGCUUGGAAAGCAGAUGGAACAGACACUCCCCCUCCCCCAUUCCUUGCAAAUGAAAAGAACCAUUAGACAAACAAUAACAGCAGGAAUCUGUAGACCUGGGUCUACAUCUGAUACUUUGGGGCUUGGUCAGGAGUCUGAAAAUCAUCACAAUGUUAUUAAACAAUAAGAAAAACUAUACAUUGUUAAAAAAAAAAAAAAAAAACACUCCCAGGUGGUCUAUAUAAAUGGAUCUACAAAACAUUUAUGCAAAGGAAAAUCUAGUGUACAAUGUCCCUUUAAAGGGAUAGUCAACUCCAAAAGUUUUUAUUUUUUAUAAAGAUAGAUAAUCCCUUUAUUACCCAUUCCCCAGUUUUGCAUAACCAACAUGGUUAUUUUAAUACACUUUUUACCACACUGAUUACCUUGUAUCUAAGCCUCUUCUGACAGCCCCUGACCACAUGACUUUGUAUGUGUCUAUUGACUUGCAUUUAAGCGAAUUAGUGCUGUUUUGUGCACAACCCAUGGGCGUGAGCACAAUGUUAUCUAUAUGGCUCACAUGAACUAGCACCCCCUGUUGUGAAAAGCUAAUAAAUAAGCAGGCAGAAACUUAGAGGUGUAAAGGUUAUAAAGUAUAUUAUUAUAACAAUGUUGGUUGUGCAAAGCUGGGGAAUGGGUAGUAAAGGCAUUACCUAUCUUUUUAAACAAUAACAAUUUUUGUGUUGACUUUCCCUUUAAGGAACAACAAACUUUUUUUUUUUUAAAAAAAGGGGGGGGAAAUAAUUUACCCUAACCAUGAUGUUUGAAAGUAGUCUCUUGUCAAAAAGGUAUUUAAAUGACCUUUUCACCCCAGCUGUACUGCCUGCCCCAUAGACUUUGACCAGAGCAUCCUCAUGUGGUUGCAAGUUAAAGGCUAAUGUUUUGACAAAAAAACUGCUUUCAAAGAUCCUAGUUAUGGUUUAUUACUUAGAGACCUUAGUCAUUUUUAUAUAUGCAUCAGAAGUUAAUCACUGCAUUAAAGAAUAUACACACAAUUUAGUGUGUGUGUGUGAAUAUUUAUGUGUAUGUACAUAUUUAUUUAUUUCAAGUCCUAAGCUACUAGGCAGGCCAAAAUGUCCACACCCACUACCCCACGCACUCUUAGCCAAUGGUUAGCCAUUGUGAAACACCCACUACCCCACGCACUCUUAGCCAAUGGUUAGCCAUUGUGAAACACCCACUACCCCACGCACUCUUAGCCAAUGGUUAGCCAUUGUGAAACACCCACUACCCCACGCACUCUUAGCCAAUGGUUAGCCAUUGUGAAACACCCACUACCCCACGCACUCUUAGCCAAUGGUUAGCCAUUGGGAAACACCCACUACCCCGCGCACUCUUAGCCAAUGGUUAGCCAUUGGGAAAAACCCACUACCCCACGCACUCUUAGCCAAUGGUUAGCCAUUGGGAAACACCCACUACCCCACGCACUCUUAGCCAAUGGUUAGCCAUUGGGAAACACCCACUACCCCACGCACUCUUAGCCAAUGGUUAGCCAUUGUGAAACACCCACUACCCCACGCACUCUUAGCCAAUGGUUAGCCAUUGGGAAACACCCACUACCCCACGCACUCUUAGCCAAUGGUUAGCCAUUGGGAAACACCCACUACCCCACGCACUCUUAGCCAAUGGUUAGCCAUUGUGAAACACCCACUACCCCACGCACUCUUAGCCAAUGGUUAGCCAUUGUGAAACAAAUCAUUGUGCAGAAACUUUUUUUCAUAUUUUUUAUUUUAAGUCCCUUUGAAACCAUUAGAAAUAAAUAAAUUUCCUGGUCAUUUUGCACAGCGUAUAGACAUCAUUUAUCUCCCUCUCUGCUCUCCUCAGCUCAGUUUCUACUCGCCCAGGGCGUGUGACCCUAAUGCAUCUGGUAGAUCCUCCCUUACAUCAUUAAUCAUUUCUGUUUAGAGGGACACAAGCUAUCAUUUGGAAGAUGGGCCUUUCUAAUUUGUAAUUUUAAACCAGAGGGGGUUGAUAGUCUAUUUAAAGAGAUAUGAAACCCAAUUUUUUUUCCUUUCAUGAUUCAGAUAGAGCAUGCAAUUUUAAACAGCUUUCUAAAUGUACUUUUAUUAUAAUGUAUUAUCCAUUUAUUAAUCUAUUAUCUAUUUGUAAGAGCACUAUAUUCAGCACUACGUUCUGCCUUGUAGAGCUCCAGCACCUAUCUAUGUACAGUAUCUCUUCAACAAAGAAUACCAUGGGAGCAAAGCUAAUUUGAUAAAGAGAAGUAAAUUGGAAUUUUUUUUUUUUUAAUUGUAUGUUCUGUCUGAAUCACAAAAGAAAAUGUUUGGGUUUUAUAUCCCUUGAACAUGUACAAGAUCAUCCAGCAAUUGUGAAGAUUGUUUGCUGCAGACUAGGCCAUCAGGAAUUGAUAUGGCAAUAAAUGAAUUUCCCUUUUGCUGCUUUAAUAGUAUUAUUUGGUACUGUAAGAACUUGAAUUGCACAACAAUCAUUCUCAAAUAUUUGUGCUGUACAUUUUACAGAGGCCUCUAAUGUUUGAGUGUUCACACGUCUAUCUUAGGGCUUGACAAACCCAGGAGCCAGGGAGCCACUGAAAAGAUUUGUUUUGCCCCCCCCCAAGGUAACUCAGUUGAAAGUAGUAAUAUUAUAUGCAUGCUGCUUUUUAGAAUGAUUUUUAGGAUAGAUAAAUAGACCGGCACCUGCACUAAUAAAAAGCUUCUCUGCUUUAGGAUUGUACACAUUCUAUUCAUGCCUAGACUGGCUGCUAUGGACCACACCCAGCACCUGGGCCGUGGUGAAACUGCACCUGCUGCACCAAUUGUAGUUCUGCCACUGGCUCCAAGCUUUUAACAUCUGGCUCCUAAGAUUUUCGCUUAUUCUCCAUAUUUCUGUAUACAAAUUCCAUUGUCUGGCUCCUAAAUUUUAAACAGAUUUGUCAACCCCUGGUCUAUCUACACUUAACCUCCCCUUGUGUUUGUCACUGGUAUUCAUUAGCGACUGUUUAUUAAAUGAGCUUAUAUAUAUAUAUAUAUAUACACACACACACCCAAUUUAAGGGUAUAUGUAAUACAAUAUUAUAUAAGAUAGGGGCGCUAUCUAAAUAUGCCAAGUAACUUGAUAUACAAGGAUGAUGAUAAACACAGUUCUUGGUAUAUUAAUUAUAAUCAGAAGGUAGUAUCACAUUUGUAUAGGCAUACAAGCAUAUAAAGCAAAUAAAAGGUUACAUAAAAAAGAACCUGUAUGAAUGAUAAUGUCCUAAUAGACAAAACAAAGUCCAAAAGUUCUAUCAGAGUCCCCGAUGGUUAUGGGGGUGUAAGGCAGCUCUCCUCUAUGUAUAAGGCCGUCCACAGCGAAUUACUCUAUAAUGAAACAGAGAAGGCGCCACAUAGCAUAAUUCCGUAUGGUAUACUAUAAUUGAAAAUUAUAGCUCGAAUGCACUCAAGUUUGUAUCAAUAAAAGUGUUUAUUUAAACACAUUAAAAAAUUUUUUUUUUUUUUUAAUGUGUUUAAAUAAACACUUUUAUUGAUACAAACUUGCUACAUCGCUUUUUAUUUGGAUAUCCCUGUUUGGAGUAACUCUCCAAUUGCUGGAGGAGUUAUAGUGCCUUUCCUGACAUCCAUACAUCUUAACCUUGCUGGGGACUACUAUCCUGGCUGCUGGGAGCCUUAGCCUGAGAGGAGAGUUUACCGGACAACUCUGAGGUUCCGGAAUGCCCAGCCAGCACCACAUCUUGGUGCUUUAUUAAAUGAGCUGUUGCGCCUUUGUGAAUUACUUCUACAGCUAGUGAUAUAUGUGUAUUUCCAAUCGUAAUAGGUGUUUCCCUCUUUAGUUUUUAACUCUAGAUGUUUAGCCUUAUUGUAAGACAGUAUAUGGAUUUUUUACGAUUGUUAUGCAAUGCCAUUUUUCUGCACUUCCACAUAGCAAUAUGAAACUGCUUUGUAAAAUGCAGCUUUGAAACAAUUUUAACGUUAAUAAGAAAACUUUUAAAAUGUAUGUCGGCUCAUGUAAAUUUGCUAACAAACAUCUUGCUUUAAGUGUACAAAGAAUACCUCUUUCUAAUAAUGUAUGAUUGCACCAGCAUGCACUAGCACACUAUAUAAGAGUUAUUCUGACUUAAGCGCAUGAGUAUGUAAAUGCAUGAAGUCUUUUUAUAUUUGAUUGAAUGUAGACAACACACUUUGUGUAAAGGUUCUGUUAAAUACUGGGAUAAAGGAUGACAUUGUUGCACAUAUUCAUUCUACUUUGCUCAGCAGGUCAUUAGAAAUGAUCAGUGCUUGAGUACAUAUAUGUGCUGUUACCAGCAAUCAAUGAAUUAAGCAUUCUUUUUUGCAGAGAUCUUAGUUUAUUUCUAUUUAAAGCUAUAUGUUUCUCCCCUAUCUUCCAGCAUUAUAUACUAUUAGUAUAAGGUAGUGUUGCUUUCUGAUCAGAGAUGGAAUUUGAGGAACCAAGGGUUUGGAUAACACAGGGGGGAGAUUGACCAUUCUGGAGGCCAGUCUUAACCUAUUAAAACCUGGAACAUGCUUAGAUUACAGUGGGAUGCUGGGAUAGAGAUCCAAAUGAAGUGUCCUUCAAAUUCUGGAAACUUGUGACCCCUUGUCUAGUUCAAAUAGCACGCUGCAUUAUAAAAACACAUCCAUUACUUAAAGGGACAUAAUACCAAUAUGCUAAAUCACUUGAAAGUGAGUAGCAUAACUGUAAAAAGCUAUUAAAAUAUCACCUGAACAUCUCUUUGUAAAAAAGGAAGAUAUUUUACCUCAACAUUUCUUCAGCUCACCAGAGUAAGUGCUCUGAGAUUAGUUAUUUGUUUAGCUACAAGUUGGGGAAAAAAAGGCAAUCAGCAGUGCUUAGGUCACGCUUUGCUUUACUGUGAUCUCAUGAGAUUUCACCUAAAUCUUGCAAACUUUUCUAGCAAUCUUCCUUACACUGAGUAGGGACAUAACUGUCUGCUCAUGCCAGAUGCACGCUCCUUUUGAAGUCCUGGGACUAGCUUCCUUAAUGGCGGCUUAAAAUCUUUUUUUACAAUGGUAUGUGGCUAGGAAAUGUUGAGGUAAAAUAUUUUCCUUUCUUACAUAGAGCUGUUCAGGGGGUAUUUUCUAGUUUGCUUUUUACAGCUAUGCUGCAUCACUUUCAAGUGUUCCAAUAUUUGAGUAUCAUGUCCCUUUAAGCAAAACUUUUAUAUUUUUGUGUAUAAAAGGAGGAAACAUAACUGAAUAUCAGUUUAUUCUUUGUUAUAAGCUAAACGUUUAAGUGCUUCCUUUAGUUUGGUAAAAGUAAAACAUGUUUUUCUUAAUAUGCACUUCAGAAACAGUUGUGUUAAGUCUGAAAAUCCUUGUAAUAAAUCUUUUUGAAUGGCUGUAUGUAGAAAUUACCAAAAAAAAGUCAAAUGAUGUUUAUCUUCUAUUUUUGCACUCAAAAUCAUAGAGGUUAAAAAGGGUUGUGUGAAGAUAAAGUGACAUUAAACCUGUUUAGCUUUCAUCUAAAAAAUGUAGCUUGAAGCCAAACCUGUAAGUGCUGAAAAUGGAUUAUAUAUCAUUUUGCAACUACUGUCUGGUCCUGUCACACACAUCAUGUAGGAAUUGUGUAGACUACAUAUGAAUUCUAUCAAUUGGAUUAGAAAGCCGUUCUGAAUGUAUGACUGCUAGUGCUACCAUAGUCCGUAUACGUUUUUUUUUCUUUUCUGCUCAUUAAAGGGACAUGAAACCCCAAAUGUUUUUCAUGAUUCAGAUAUAGAAUGUUAAACAACUUUCUAAUUUACUUCUAUUAUCUAAGGAGCAGCAAUGCACUACUAGUUUCUAACUGAGCACAUGGGUGAGCCAAUCACAACAUAUAUAUAUAUAUGCAGCCACCAAUCAACAGCUAGAACCUAGGCUCUCUGUUGCUCCUGAGCUUGCCUAGAUAGACCUUUCAGCUAAGGAUAACGAGAGAGAAGCAAAUUAAAUAAUAGAAGUAAAUUGGAAAGUUGUUUAAAAUCGUAUUCUCUAUCUGAAUCAUGGAAGAAUUUUUUUGCGUUUCAUGUCCCUUUAAAUGGCUAGACAUUCUACCUAACAGUCACACACAAUAAUUUUUAAUUCUAGUUUUCAGUCGCAUAUUUUCUAAAAAUACCCUAAAGUAAUGUUUGGGGGCAAAAACGUCAAAACUUCUGUUAAACUGUUUUAAAAGUAGAGAGGAUAAUAUAAACUAUUUGUAAUCAAAUGAAUUAUUAAAUCGAAAUGCAAAGUGUGAUGCUGCAAUUAUUAAUUUCACACUUUAUUAUGCCCCAUACAGAAAUAAUCAGAGUUCUUUGAAAUUGUCAAAUGCUAUCUGAGAAAAAAGUAAAUUAUGACUUCUAUGCCAUAAAUAUAAAACUAAAGUGUAAGAAAAAAAUUGCUAUGCUUAAAAAAUAGUAAUGUCUCUUAAAUACAUUUUUUUAAUAAUGAUAUAUAUGUGUGCAGCAAAUGUCUGUGCAAGUAAAUGGAAUAGAAGGGAUUCUCAUUAGAUGUAUAUAAGUUUUGUGUAGCCAUAAGAUAAUGUGAAAUGCACCUGGAACCUAAAUACUGUUGCAUUUUAUAAGUUAAUUUUUUUCCCCUGCAUAAAACAAGAUUAUGCCUCGUCCUGUUUACGCUGGUACCCAGAAGACUACUAAGCGUGUCACAAUCAUGCAAUUCUUUAUUUCACUCCAAUAUCUCCUCUAUAUUACACAAUUAAAAACUUGCUUUUGUAUCAAGAUUAGUAUUAAAUUACUAUUGUAAUUUCCCACAUGCAACAAAAAUGUAAUUGCACAGAUAAAUAAAAAAAUUAGUGGCACUAAUACAUCGCACUGUAAAAUUACCUGCUGAAAUGUAUUACAUUGUAUACAAAUAGCUUUAUUCUGUCAUUUGAAAUAUCUGAUGCCUGUUAAAACCACCACCUACACUGAAAAUAUUACUGCUGUAUUCUCUAUAGAAAAUAUAUGGAAACAAAAGGUGGGAGAGAUGUGCUAAAAUGUUAAUUUUCAAUUGCUCACUCUAAGUUUUGGUAUCUGUGUAUACAGAAAGAUAUGAUAAGGUGUCUGUGUAUAAAAGCAUAUAACAAUUAGGUCUGCUCCCGCUGGAUGUUUAGCCCAUUUAAAUGGGGUGUGGUUCCAAUAAGUGGGAAAUGACUAUUUCAUAUUCAAAUAUAAACACAAAUGAUUUUUUCCAUACAUUUUAUAGUCCGCAGCUGGUAUAUUAAGUCAUUGGAAACACAUUAAGGGGAAACAAUUUUACUGUACACGGUCCCUUUACAUAUUUAGGUUUAUGUGGACAUCACACUGCCUUUUUAAAAGGGCAUUGAAUAUUUUUUGUUGUAUAUCAAAGAUGGUAUUUUAAAUAUAUUCCUGUGCUAAAAAACUCUUCUGUCCACCGGAAGAUCUUUGCACAGAUUCGCUUUUCCUGUGACUCUCAAAAUCCAAAUCCUCAUUUUAACUAAUCUUUUAAAUUAUUUUAUUAUGUUUUAAAUAGUGUUUGGUCACAUGCAUGAUAGAAAAGUGUUCAGCUUAAUGUCCCUUUAAGUUCCAACAGAAUACGCCCAUUGGAUUAAAUAAAACAUUGAUUGUCUGGGUAUUUUAUUUAAAUUACAGAUCACAAUCCCAAAACAAUUACGUUUUUUUCCAAAUGUUAGCAAUUGUAAAUAUUUAUUAAGGUUACUUUUCAGGGCAUUGGUCCCUUCCUCAGUCUGAAGGUUGAAACAGAACGUUCAUUUUUAUCUUUGACAAAGUCCAGUGUGUCCAGCAGUGAGCAUUCUGGCUUAUAAGCACCUUAAAUGCCAAUAUACUUUAGUUGAACACCCCCCCUCCCCAACACAGUAUUUUUAUCAAAUAGUUGACAGGUUAGCAGUCUUCAUUUAUCCCCCCCUUUGAUGUCUUAGGCCCCUGUUGCCAUUCUCUGCUGUUUUGUUCAUCUAUCUAUGCUUUUAUUUGAACAUAUUCUGGGGCACUAACAAUCUAAAGGAGGUAUAAUCCACUCUCAAUGUUUAUAAGGAAUCGUUUAACCCCUUCUCGCUGGGCUUUAAUGCUGAACGGCAUGGAACGUCCUACCUUAUAAGGUGUCCUGCAGCCUCCCCCUUUGACUUAAUCAGGAAUCGGACUUGGGGGGGUGUCUAGCCAUGUAGGCAGUCCCCCCCAUGUUCUGAUCCUAACCUUAAAAUCACACGAUCAUUGAUGCGAUCAUGUAAUUUAAUUUUUACUGCAAGUGUUUACAUUUGAUCUUAGUUAUGAUGUUAACACUUUAGUACAGGUUCAAAGGGGUUAAAAAUGCCCGAUCUAUGGAAACAAACUGAUAAUUAGCUUUACUGGACCAAAAUAAUUCUGCACAGAUUAUUUACUGAGCACCAUCACACUUAAAAUGUUUUCACAUUUAACUAGUUAACCAGUAAGAUUAGGCUUAUAGAUAAGGUAUCGAUCACUCAAAAGCUUUAACCAUCCCACCUCUCCUAUAGGAUUUUUUUUCUCCUGUUUUUAAGACACGUUUGUGUGUAGUUACUCUAAGGCCAGGUUGAGGUUUUCUUUCUGACUUCAAUAAAAAGAAGAGGUUUAAAGAAUCGCAUCUUUUAAAUGGUGCGUUAAUAGUUGUCCCUCUGUGUUAUCAUUUUUUUUUUGCUAGAAGAGUAAUGUUAAAACUCACACACACACACACACACACAUACACACAUAUAUAUGUAUAUAUAUUUUUUUUAUUUUUUUUUAUUAAAGCAUCCAUUGUCUUUCAGGUAACACAACAUUGGAAUCCUGUAGGUUAAGUUAAUGUAUGUAAAGAUGUUGGGUGUGCUGAAGCGUCUAUCUUUAACGAGAAGCCUUAGAAAUUGAAAGCAACAAUAAAUAAAAUAGAAAAUAAUUUAAAUGGAGGGGUUUUCAAAAACAUUCACAUAUCAAGGGUAUUGUAGGUCAAAGAUUCAAAUUUAUCUUAGUAGUUUGUUGAUGAAUUGAGUAUCCUUUAUUCAAUUAGCUCUUUAGUGCAUGAAUAACAAGUUAUUUAUUUUUUUGUCUCCCUGGGAAAAAAAAACAAAAAACUUUGAACUAGGGUUAAGAAAAUCCACAUCUUUGUGAAAACCAAAGUAAUAGAAUUCAUUUUUGGUUCAUGUAUGUUGCAGAAAGUAAGGGGGCAAAUGUUACAAUCUAAACGGCAAAUCUUGAAAUUUGGUUUGACAGUGUAGUUAAGAUGUUUAUCGUAAGUGUUAAAGGGACACUGAACCCAAAUUUUUUUCUUUGGUGAUUCAGAUAGAGCAUGCAAUUUUAAGCAACUUUCUAAUUUAGUCCUAUUAUCAAUUUUUCUCCAUUCCCUUGCUAUCUUUAUUUGAAAAAGAAGGCAUCUAAGCUUUUUUUUUUUUGCUCAGUACUGUGGACAGCACUUUUUUUAUUGGUGGAUUAAUUUAUCCACCAAUCAGCAAGAACAUCCCAGGUUGUUCACCAAAAAUGGGCCGGCAUCUAAACUUACAUUCUUGCAUUUCAAAUAAAGAUACCAAGAGAAUGAAACAAAAUUGAUAGUAGGAGUAAAUUAGAACGUUACUUAAAAUUGCAUGAUAUAUCUGAAUCACGAAAGAAAAAAUUUGGGUUCAGUGUCCCUUUAAUAAAGGUUAAAGCUUAUAUUCUUUUGUGAACAAAAAUACCAAAAGCGAUGAAGAUGCAAUAGUCCGCUUUCAGGCGGUAUAGGUGUCACAAGAAAUAAAUGCUUGGUAUGGAACAUAGACGAAUAGAAAUACCGCCUACCCUCUAUCAUUCCCAGGUUGCCAUAGAUGUCACUGGAAUAUAGGUCGGUUUUUAAAAUUGCUAUUUGUUAUAUGAAUAAGAAGCUCACUCUUCUCACACUUUUUGAGUUGAAAUUGUGGCAACCAUAAAGGUUUUUUUUUUUUUCUAGUUCAAAUAGGUCAAAUUUCAUUUUUUAUUUUACAAUGGUUGCAAGAAAAAAAAGAAGUAGAUAUUAGUGACUUUCUCUCAUUCUUUCUCUCUCAAUAAUACAACUUUUUCUUUGCAUUUUAUCCUCUUUUUUUUUUUUAUUUUCUUUUAGGUUAAGUUUUUUGUUUUGUUUUUUUAUCCAGUUCUUGUAGUUUGAAAUUUAUUUUAUUUAACUGGUUAAUUUGUUUAGCAUAACUUGGUCAUUUAUGAAACUUGAUUUACUCAAUCAGAAAUAAAUAUGAAAAUAUAUUACAAGGUUUAUAAUACCGCAAUCUUCCGCUUUAAUGUUUUAAAAGCUGAAUGUAAACAUUUUAUUUAUCUGUUUUAAGGAAGUCUAAGACCUAUAUAGAAUAUGAAAUGGUAUGAAAACUAUUAAUAGCAAGUCCAAUGUAACCUUUUAAAAAAGCCUUAUGAAGACCCAUUGCAGAGUUCUCUUCUGGCAAUAAAGAUAUUGCAGAGCAGCAAUACCAUCUGUUUAUAGCUACCUGUUUUUUUUGUUUGUUUGUUAUGGGAAUUGACAACUUUUUAGCUGAUGUAUUUGUUUAUUCAAACCAAUCAACUUGCAUUUUACUAUUUGCAUUAGGUUUGUUCAAAUACUAUUUUUUAGCCGAAUUCCUUUUUAACAGGUCUUUAUAAUAUUUUGAAGCAGACUAUGCACAUUCUUCAGUUUUGUUUUUUUAACUUGCACAUAAAGUUACCAUUCUGCCAAAGAUAUAAUGCAUGUAGAACUCUUAUUAGAUUUGAUUUGUUGUGCAGAGAUUUGAUGCAUCUCUAUAAUGGUCAUUCACAGUUUGUCAAUUGUAAAUAUAUUCUGUUGGCCUGUGGAAUGGUUUAUUUUAACCUUGCAUGUAAUUGGCCGAAAAAAACCCCAACCCUUUCACUGUUUGUUCAGAUGCGCUUGAUUAGUCUGCAUUUGCAGCAAUUUCCUGAACCAAUUAGUUUAAAAACAACUCAUUCAUUUUAAGAGCAAUAAAGAUCUAAUAGAUUUUAUUUAAAAUGCUUCUAACUGGAGUUAGUCUGAAAGUCACUCUUAGCUAAAUCUUUUUAAUGUAUUAUCUAACAGAGCUACCCACUAUAUGGUAUCAUAUAUAUCAUAUAUUGUAUAUAGGGAAAUGGAUUUAAACACACUUUAGAUGUUUAAAUCUUUUUUUUUCUUCUUUUUGAUUUAAAUCGUUCAUGGGAAGCAAAUUGUCUAAUUUUACAACAAAGUAAUUACUAAAAAAAAAUCAUUAUUGCUACUUUUAAAACCUUAAAUGUUUUACAACUCUUCCUCCCCUUUAUUUCCAGUUCCCAAGUCUUUACGGUCUCUUCCUUUCUUCAGUGUCCACUUCUGACUUACCCAUGAACUUUGUCUCUGUUUCCUACCGUCCCCUCCUGAUUAUUUGUUUUACACUUUCAUUCUCUAACGCUGUUAUACCUUUCGUUCAGUUUUUUUCCUGCUUUGUAGUCUCCCCUUUUCUUGUUAUAGAAUAAGUGCUUAUCUACAUAUUAUCUUAGAAUAGUCCAAUACAACCCUGCAGACCUUUGUUUAUCCUGGUAACAAUGCCUUGAUAGGAAAUCACUUUUUGCCUGUACUUUCUAGCAGGAACCUGGCCAUGUGAGUAGUAUUCACAAUGUUUAAAUGUUUUCUUGAGUAAUCUUGAAAAUUGGUAGGAAAUACAUAAGUGCAGGUGGUGUACGCAUUUGUGUUUUUUUGUUUUGUUUUUUUAAGAUUUUAAGUUUGUUUUUAAGUUUUUUAGGAUAUUUUAACAUUACACAAUCUAUGUUAAGUCUAAUCAACUUGUGCCUGUUACACACAUUGCCUGACCGCUUACAUUGUUGGUGUAUAUACUAUUAAAAGGAUAUAAAGUCAAAUCUGAGCAUGCUCUUUGAUGACCACUAUCAUUUAACAGUUUGCAUUGGAAAUAAAAUGCACCAUUUAAUAUAGUGAUACAUUUUAAGAGAAGUAUUUUUGCAAACUCUUUUGUAAUGCUCUGCGCAUUUCAGAUUUGACUAUUCUGUUCUUUAAAUUCACAACGCAUAUGUAGUUGAUAAUCUUUCCUUUAAAACCAUGUGUGUACCUAUAAGUUAUAUCAACAUAAUCACGUAUGUGCAAUCAUAAGCACCUCUGGCCUUUACAAAUUUAUAUUUUCAACCUACAGCAUGAUAGAGAUUAUUAAAAAAUAUCCUAUUUUAGAACUAUUAGAUAAAUUCAGUUUUAUGAAGAGUUGAAUAUUUUGGUAAUCUAUGGAACCAUGCGAUUCAGAUGUAUGAAGUCUAUAUAAAUCUAUAUAUAUAUAAUGGUAAUGUUUCUGAUGUAACAUGGACACUGAACUCUGGUAGCAGAGUGACCUGCUUACUUUAUAUGCCUCCUAUAAAUGGAAUCCUGCACAUAGGCAUCUCAUUAUGAAAAAAUAUUUAGUUCCAUUGUGAACUGGCCAUAUGACAACUACUUUUUUUAUCAACUUAUUAAGUUGAGCACUAUUGUAGCUCUUGCUGAGUUUAGCAAUGUUUAUAAGUGUGUGUUAAACACAUAAAAAUGUUUGUUUUUAAGAGGAAAAAGGGAUCAUGAGUGAUGUCACAUGAAUGUUUAUUGAAUGAUUUCAUAGUGUUGUGUUUCUUUGAUUUGUAACACAUUGUUAAAGCUUUUUGUUUCCUGUUUUGAGGUAUGAUUUAUUUGCAUGACAAUUUAGGUUGUUCUUUUUAAACUUUGUUUCAUUCUGUUCUAUAUGUUCUGGUUUCAUUAAUAAAUCAAAGAAUUGAUUUAAAACUUCUUUCCAUAUACAGUGUAUUUCAAUAAAUUGUUCAACAGUUCAAUCUUAAUAAACAUUUCAGUAACAGAUUAUAAA